CGCUGAGCUUUGACGCGAUGGCUGCUGCUCCUGCUCUAGGGGAACUUGGAGGCGUCUUGCACGGACUCGAUGGUGUCGCACAUGUCGGGUCACAUUUCCUCCUGAACCCCUUUGGGGACAGUCCGACGCUGCUGGGGGAGCACCUCAUACCUGGGGACAGGCUCUCCCGGAGCACAGCGGCGGAUUUAACGCACCUCAAAGGGAUCCUCAGGAGGAGACAGUUGUACUGCAGAACUGGAUUUCAUCUGGAAAUACUUCCGGAUGGCACAGUGCAAGGGACGAGGAAAGACCACAGUCGUUUUGGUAUUUUGGAAUUCAUAAGUCUUGCUGUUGGGUUGAUAAGCAUUAGAGGAGUGGACAGUGGACUCUAUCUGGGGAUGAACGACAAAGGAGAGCUGUAUGGCUCUGAGAAGCUCACAGCUGAAUGUGUCUUCAGGGAGCAGUUUGAGGAGAACUGGUACAACACAUACUCCUCCAACCUGUACAAGCACGGAGACAAAGGGACGCGUUAUUUUGUGGCAUUAAAUAAAGAUGGGACGCCAAGGGAUGGAACUAAAUCCAGGCGACACCAGAAAUUUACACACUUCUUGCCCAGGCCUGUGGACCCUGACCGUGUGCCAGAGCUGUACAGGGAUAUCCUGGGACACAGCUGAGACCUGGAAGCCCAGUCCAGAUCAGGAAUAGCUGCUAAAGCCCUGGCAGCCAGGGAGCAGAGAAGAGAAAGAGGGACGUAGGCAGGGAUGUUGCCGUUGCAGGCUGGUGGACAGCAGCCCAACCAGCAGGGGUAAAGGCACCGGGGCCUCUUGUAGGAAUGCACGGGCCAUCUCUCAGCAGCCAGGAAGACAGGCUAGAAUGUCUGUACUCUUGGCAUGAGGGGGUCGUUUGUUUCAGAGGCCAGACGACCCUAAAAAGUAGCCGUGUGGAUUAGGAGAUGAAUGGGAAAGAGCUGAAUGAUCAGCGAGCAUUUCCUCUGUGGUCUGUCGGACUGAGACGUCAGGUGACGAGGAGUCAGUAGGAACCUGUAGUGUCGCAAGUUGGUACUUUUAUUUGGGUGCAUUGUCAGAGAGCAGUAGUUUUUUCAGAAGGACUUUGAAGGAAUUCUGUUUCUGUUUCUUACCUGUGUGUAGACCUGUUUGAAAAGAGCAAAGUGUAACAUUUUAUUUAUUCAUUUUAGAGGCAUAUAUUUAUGUUAUAUAUUUAUUUAUUUGAGAAUAUAUUUCUACACUUAGAUACAUGUAAUAUAGAAAAACCACUAGAAACUGUAUCGAUUAUAUAAAGGCUGAGACACUGUACCAUUAUGACAUUUAUUCUGAAAGAAGCAAAGCCAGUGCUAGACUGUAACAUGAUCAAACAUAUGAAAUACAUUAGCAAAAGCAACCCCACAUCUGAAAUGCAUUUUAUAUCAACAAGGCAACUGUGAAUCAAUUGUUUUUUACUUCGUCUUCUUGACAUGGUAAUUAUAACCGACCUACUGUUACAUGUGUUAUGACCAUAAUCAGAAGUCAGUAGACUGACAA